UUUGCCACAGAAGGUUAUGGGAGUUUCAUUGGUUUCCACGAUUUGAUUUUCCCAUUUGACGAAGGUUCCCAUAUCUCCUGAUUUUAAUUUUCAUAUGACACUUUCAAAAAUGAAGCUGGCUCAUUCUUGCGCCAUAUCACUUUCAAGUGAACCGGCAUAUGUUCUUAACUUUGCUUUUCAAGAACACAAUGCUGGUGGGCGUGUUGCAGUUGCUGUUUCUUGCACACAUGAAAUCAAGUUAUACAAUCUUGAGACAUUUUGUACAGAAGGAGUACUUUCUGGGCACACAUCUACAAUUUCUUGUGUAGCAUUUGAUAUAAAAAAACCUAAAAUUGUAUGGUCUGCAUCACUGGAUGGUACUCUUCGGUCAUGGGACAUUUCUAAUGCUGAGAAAAAAAGUUCAAUUAUAAGUAAUUUAAGCAUUGGUUACUCAGCUCUUGGAAUUAGCUGUGAUGGUGCACUUUUAGUUGCUGGGACUGAAAAGGAUGAAGAAUCAGAGGAAGUAAUGGUUGAAGUAUGGGAUAUAAGAAAUUCUGAAGAAAGAUCUCCUAAAAAGCUUGCUGUGUUUAAAGAUAUUCAUUCUGAUGAUAUAACCAAAAUUCUGUUCCAUCCAAGUAAUCCAAAGGUGGUUGGUAUUGGUUCCACGGAUGGAUUAGUCAAUAUUUUAGACUUGACAACAUAUGAUGAGGAUGACUCACUUACUCAAACACUCAACACUGAAUUAUCUGUGUGUACUUUUGGUUUUUUUGGCACUGCAUCAGAAUUCAUGUUUGUUCUUACAGAUAUGGAAACUCUACAGAUUUGGAACUAUAUGGAAGCAAAACUAAUGGUUUCUUGUGAUGAUUUGUUGAAAAAAGCUAAAUCAAUAAAUUACAUCAUAGAUUGUUUUUAUCAUGAGUUAUCACAACGGUUGUUUUUAGUCGGCGGAACUAAAAGUGGUGAUAUCGAGAUCUUUCAUGUCAAUGUAGAUGUUAUCGAACCUUUUCAAGUUUUGCAAGGAGGUCAUUCGUCAAUUAUCCGUUGCUUCGUCUACGCAAAACAGUAUUUCUUGACUGGGGCUGAAGACGGAAUGAUGUGUGCAUGGAUGCCUAUGAAUGAUUCUCCUUCGCCUAAAAUAACUCUAAAGGACCUUAAAAUAAAAAAGAAAAAGAAAAAGAAACCGUAUAAUGUUUAAAGAAGCUGUAUACUGUUUAACAGUUAUUCGAAACAAUCGCAACAUAUUCAACUGUUGCAAUUUGUAGUCAGAAAUCUGUGUCGUUAUUAAAUUCAAUGAAUGGAGAUGAAGAAAUUGAUUUGAAAAUUUGAUAUCGCUUACAGUUAAAAAUAAUAAUAAAGUUGAACAGUGACGAUCAUGGCGGACAAUCUAGUUAUUAGUUGUGAAACCCAGUCUUUUUAAAUGAAACAUAAAAGCUAUGAACUUGA